UUUAUUCCAGCAUGUGAAUGAGAGAAGAAACUGUGUUUUUAUAUUUUUACUAUGAAUUUCUGAAAAAUUAGGAUACAAUGGGGGUUGUAUGUGUUGCCUCCUACCCUGUACCAGAGGGCAAGAGCGGACAGCAGAUAGUGGAUGUGUUGCAGUCGAGAUUGGAACAACUGGGUGCUGAAAAGAGUGGACAGUUUAAUGUGGAUUGUGAAACUUAUCAAUCUCAAGUUCCUUCAGCUCAGAAUAGACUGGUGCACCUCCUACACAACAGCGAGCAACCCGCGACGUGUUUUGCUGUCCUUGACACGGGCACCUGCUUAGUUGCAGACAAUCUCUUCAAUCUGCUCAUGUUGAAGCUGAAAAAUUUUUACCCCACAAGGAAAGGUUUUAAGAUAGAAUCCAAAGGACAGAGAUAUUCCCUGGGGGAUUUUAUUAUUAAAAUUGGAUCUGUUACUUUUGGACAGAAUAUAAGCUUUAAGGGAAUUUUGGUUGAGGUAGAGUAUUGUCCGUGUAUGGUCCCAGGGGACUGCUGGGACCUGAUGAAGGAAUUCAUGCAAGGAUUUAUGGGUAACUGUGUGGAAAAUCCCUCCAAUUAUCUUAAAACCAAGAUGGACAUAAUGUACACCCCAGCAGAUACCAUACAGCAGUAUUUAGAACACUUCAAAACUUUCAGGAAGGAAUCUUUGGCAGUGACACGGUGAAUGGUAGUCUUGUUCCA